AUGGCAGACCAAGAUCCUAGUGAAUUACAUCUACCAGCAGAACCACCACCAGACAAAGAUCCAAGUGUAGAGGAAACCGAUCCUGACGGCAAUGUCACUCUUCUCAUUGAAGGCCAGAGCAGGGCGCGGUUCCUUGUGUCGUCCAAGAUACUUAGCAUGGCGUCCCCGGUGUUUGCAAGACUAUUUGGUCAACGGUUUUACGAGGGUACACAGAUGGCAAACCUCAGUUGUCCUACAAUCCCCCUCCACGAAGACGAUCCGGUGGCAAUGAGAAUUAUCAUACGAAUCCUUCACUAUCAGGAACCAGAGCAGGGAGUGUCUGUGGAUGCAGAAACCCUCGCCAAAAUUUCUAUCCACUGCGAUAAAUAUGAUUGCGUCAAGGCGCUCAAUCCCUGGGUUUUCAAAUGGUUCAGUGAGCUCCAGCAUAUUACGACCGUCGAGGAACACGGCUACCUUCUUCUUGCGGCUCAUUUAUUCCGUUCUGCGGAGCAGUUUUCGACUGUCUCCAUAAAGGCCCAGACACAGCUUCCUUGCAUGUUUAUCGCUCGUUGGGAGAAGGUUCAUAUGAUGGACCUUCUACCUGACGGUGUUCAAAACUAUCUGAUGAUUGACAGCUGA